GUUUACGGCAGUGAAAACGAAACGAUAGAAAAAAAACGCUUGGCGUUGCGGUGUUUUGCUAUCGCGGGUUUGUACAGCAAAUAUAGGGAUACAGUGAAAGAUUGCAAAAUAUGGCAGAAGUACAAAGCAAUGGUGCCGAAAAGGAAGUCGACGUGGAAAAGCCGGCACCAACCCUUUCCGGUCCGAUUGUGGGCAUCAUCUAUCCACCGCCGGAGGUGCGAAAUAUCGUUGACAAAACGGCCAGCUUCGUUGCCCGCAAUGGUCCGGAGUUUGAGAGCCGCAUCCGGCAGAACGAGCUCGGCAAUCCGAAGUUCAAUUUCCUCAGCCCGGGCGAUCCAUACCAUGCGUACUACCAGCACAAGGUGCAGGAGAUCCGGGAAGGCCGCACGGAUAGCUCCUCCGGGGCGGCGGGCGGUCAGGCCGGUUCCGCUGGAGGACUGCCGAAGGCGCAGGUACCGAAUGCGACACAGCAGAAGCAGCAGGAGCUGCUGAAAGCCGUCACCGAGCAGCAGUUCGUGCCGAAGGAUCCACCGCCCGAGUUUGAGUUCAUUGCCGAUCCGCCCUCGAUUUCGGCCCUGGAUCUGGACAUUGUGAAGCUGACGGCACAGUUCGUCGCCCGCAAUGGGCGCCUCUUCCUAACCAACCUGAUGAACCGGGAGCAGCGCAACUGCCAGUUUGACUUUCUGCGCCCGCAGCACUCCCUCUUCCAGUACUUCACCAAGCUGCUGGAACAGUACACAAAGAUUCUGGUGCCGCCGAAGGACCUUAUGAACAAGCUGAAGGUGGAGAGUGCACCCGGCCGGAGCAGCAUGAACGUGGUGCUGGAGCAGGUGAAGUAUCGCGCCAACUGGAUGAAGCACCAGGAGAUGCAAAGCCGCCGGGAGGAGGAAAAGGUGGAGCGGGAGCGUAUUGCGUACGCCCAGAUCGAUUGGCACGACUUUGUGGUGGUGGAGGUGGUCGACUACCAGCCGUACGAGUCGGGCAACUUCCCGCCGCCGACCACGCCGGACGAGGUCGGGGCCCGGGUGCUGAUGGAGGAGCGCAUGAACGAGGAGGAUCACGAUAUCGAGAUGCAGAUCGAGUCGGACAACGACGACAGUGACGAGGAGCCGCGCCGCGGACCGGCCGAGGGCAACGGACAGGUGAAGCUGUCCCAGAUGGAGAAUCUGGUCGGCAAGCAGCAGCAGCAGCAGAAGGACAACACCCAGGUGCAGGACAUGGACGAAUCGUCCACGUCCGGCGACGAGGAUGGCGAACGGGCGAAAUCGCUGCCCGCCCCGGUUGCCCCGCCGACCCACGACAAGGUCAUUGUGAAGAAGUACGACCCGAAGCAGUCGCAGAAGGUGGCGAAACCGGUGCCGACCGGUGCGGCGGACGACUAUCUCAUUUCGCCCAUCACGGGCGAGAAGAUCCCGGCGGCCAAAGUGGCGGAGCAUAUGCGCAUCGGGCUGCUGGAUCCGCGCUGGGUCGAGCAGCGCGACAAGCACAUCGAGAAGGUGGCCCAGGAGAACGUGUACGCACCGGGGGCGGCCAUCGAGGCGAGCCUGAAGCAGCUGGCGGAGCGGCGUACCGAUAUCUUCGGCGUCGGUGACGAGGAGGCCGCCAUCGGUAAGAAGCUGGGCGAGGAGGAACCCCGCAAGGACGAUCGCGUCACAUGGGAUGGGCACACGUCGAGCGUGGAGGCGGCCACACGUGCCGCCCGGGCGAACAUUACGCUCGAGGCGCAGAUCCAUCAGAUACACAAGGUGAAGGGCUUGAUACCGGACGAGGAGAAGGAAAAGAUUGGUCCCAAGCCGAUCCCGGGCUCGAUGUCGGCCCCCUCAAAGCAGCAGCAGCAGCAGCACCAGCAACAGCAACACCAUCAUCAGCAGCAGCAUCAUCAGCAGCAACAGCACCAUCAACAGCAGCAACACCAUCAGCAUCAGCAACACCACCACCAUCAUCAUCAGCAGCAGCAGCAGCAGCAGCAACAGCAUCAUCAGCAUCAGCAGCAGCAACAAAAUGCCCAGCUGGCCGCCCAGAUGCAGUCCCAGAAGGGCAUGUCCCAAAUGCCACCCCAUCCCAUUCCACCGCCCGUACCGCCGAUGAUGAUGAUGGCGAUGGGGCCGCCACCGUUUGCCGUCGGAGCGUAUGUUCCGCCGAUGGCGCCACACGCCGCCGCACCACAAAUGCCGCCGGGCGCCGGUGUUCCUCCGGUUGUGCCCGAUCCGCAGCAGCAGCAGCAGCAACAACAGCAACAGCAGCAGCAGCUCAUCCCCGGACACGACGGUGGGCAGGCGAUGGAUGAGCCGCCGAACAAAAAGUCCCGCACCGAGGACAAUCUGAUCGAGGAGAGCGUGUUCCUGGAGCGGCACGGUGCCGCCGGCCCGAUCACCGUACAGGUGCAGUGCCCGAACAUGACCGAGAAGAACGACUGGAAGCUGAACGGACAGAUACUGUCGCUCACGGUCAAUCUAACCGACACGGUCAGCUCGGUCAAGGCGAAGGUGCAGACGGAAACGGGCAUGCCACCGGCGAAGCAGAAAAUUUUCUACGAUGGCAUGUUCUUCAAGGAUAACAACACGAUCGCCCACUACAAUCUGCUGAACGGUGUAACGGUCGCGCUGCAGCUGAAGGAACGUGGUGGACGCAAGAAGUAAACGCAUCAAGGAAAUCGCCUUGGACAAGGAAAUGAGACGUAAAAACUACGCUACGCGCAUUUGGAGUUUUAAAGAUUCUAUGCAGAAAACACUAGCAGGGGAGUCAAAUUAUAAUAUAGUAGGUAACACUUUUGAGUUUGAGAGUGACACAUAACCAGCCGCAUGCACUUUUGAUGGAAAAUAGUAAUGGCAUUUUCCGCUGCAUAAAGUAAGGUUCUUCUAAUUAGCAAAGUCGUAUCAGGUCGAUAUGUAUAUGAGCAUCAUAACUAUUUCGGUACGAUGUGUAAUUAAGCUAUAGGUGCGUUCUUGUAUAAAAUAAACACAGUUGAUUGUAAUUCUAGCA